AUGAAUCUUUCCCUGUUGUUGCUGGCCAUUAUUUUUCUGUCUUGUCCGACUCCCGGGCUCACUCGAAAAUGGGUCGAUCGGUCGAAAUGGAUCAGUCGUGCUCAAUAUAAAACGACCCUGAACUGCCCUCUCGACACAGUGUGGUGUUUUACAGGUUAUUACCGAGAGUUCGAUUUGUUCAACGCCAAUGACGAUCUGGCCGUAAUCCCUUUUCAUUGUACACGAGGAAAUAGCAUUCACUCUGCAAGUCUUCUUCUGAAAGGAGGCGAUGAAGAUGACUCCACUAAGGAGUAUGAACCGGAGCUGGAACUGUAUCAUAACUGCUCUAAACGUUCAUUGACUUAUCGAACAAUCAAGGAUUUAUAUAAUAUCCACACAAGAACACCCUUUACAAAUGAAUCUUACGAAUUCGAUCUUUUGAAUACAGGAACUUCAUCAAAAGCAGGGAUCCAUUUUGGAUUUUUCAGCUUCUUUUUCAAAGAUUCCGACUUCAUGGAUCAAGCAAUGAGAGGUAAAAAAUUGCUCCCGCCUGGAAUCAAAACCUGGUUUGAUUCCGAAAGUAUUACCCUCCCAUCAGAAACUGGAAGUUGGGCAGUCUCGAAUCAGAUUCACUUCUACGACGAUGAGCAGAAAGCAACUGGAGCAAAUGAGACUAUCAAGAACUACUUCAUUCGUGAUACCUAA